AUAAAUUAAAGAAUGUCAAACAUGGCAAAUGCAUUGUACAGAUUUUUAUUUUCGAGACUGCAGCAGACGAAUAAUGUAUAAUUCUUCCGCCAAUGUUUCUGUGAGAUCACAUCUCUCCCUAAUAUAAGUAAUGAAUGAUUUACUUAGAUUUGACGGUUUGAUAGAUAAGAUAUAAUGGGUAUAUUAUAUCGUGCGAUUUUUUUUCCAUCCGGAACCAAGAAACGAACUAAACGUAUACACUACGUGAAACAGGAAACAAGAAAGCUAUCGGAAAGCAGACGGUUGUAGUGGUAUAUGCAUUGUUAUUAUCCAAUGCCGAUGAACAAGCAGUGCUAAGUCAAUCAAUUGUCUUCCACCAAAUGCUAACAUGUUUUGGAACAGUUUUCUACUACGGAUACUAGCCUACCUCUAUCUAACAUGUACAGUUAUUAGUAUGAAUGAAGAUGAACCAUGGCCUCGGCUGGUUUGGACAGAGCUUCGUCUGAAAGACAGCACAGCUAAGCUACAGAGCCUACCCGCGGAUCCUGAUGACUAUAUCCAAUCAUCAACCAUCUCCACACGUUACUAUUACUCUCGUAAGCCAGCUCAUUGGAUUGCUAUCGCCAAUGACUUCGCGGAACGCACGGUUUUCUGGAGUGACAGUGGAGAGAAAAGAAUAAUGAAAGGCGGUCUUGGUGAUGCAGCUACGGCUUCGUCAAUUUUCCAAGGCACUUCGUCUUCAGUUGACGGAAUCGCCGUUGACUGGCUAGCAAAAACUUUAUAUUGGGUGGACGAAGCAUACAAUUGGAUUGUGGUUACUGAUUAUUAUGCUAGCAAUUUAGCUACAGUAAUCGAUACAGGCUUAUCAAAACCAAGAGGAAUUACGACACAUCCACACAGAGGUUACUUGUUUUGGACGGAUUGGGACACAGGGAACCAAAAGCUUGAAAGGUCAACUCUUGCUGGUGAAAAUCGAACCGUUUUGGUGGACGAGGAUUUGUUCUUUCCAAAUGGCUUGACGAUAGAUUUUGCCACCGACAGGCUGUACUGGACUGAUGUCAACGUUCAGUAUAGUACCAUAAAAGGUACAGAUCUGGAUGGUGGUAACUUAACGACAAUUCUACAACUACCGUCCAGUACAGCUCACUUCUUCGAUUUAACUGUUUUUAAAAACUAUUUGUUUGUAACUGAUUGGCGAAAUUAUCUGCGAUGCGUGAAGAUCAAAGAGGAAUCUCAUUACUUUGCCUUGAAUCUAGGUUCACGUCCAUAUGGAAUCACCGUUUUUGGGGAUCAAAACCAACCAAGUGGAAAAUCCCCAUGCACUAGUAAUCCUUGCAGCCAGAUAUGUGUUUCUGACCCUGGACCAGACAGGUAUAAAUGCAUAUGUAAGGACGGCUAUGACCUCAUUGACUCGCAGUGCAAGAGACGAGAAGUUGGUAUCAGUUCACCACAGAUUAUAUAUUCCCAGAGUCACAGUGUGUGUGGUAUUCCUGGGAACUUCCCAGAUAUGACACUGCCGUCCCAUUUCACAGUCCCGUGCUUUCUUCAGAACCUCACACACGUAGUGGCCCUUCAAGUAGACUCUGCGGAGAAGCUUCUGUUUUAUUCGGAUGCAGAUACGAGAAAGGUGAUGUCAGUUCGUCUGACACACGGGUCCAACAUCAAUAUCAUCAUGGGUGGUGUUGGCAGUAUAGAAGGUAUUGCAGUAGAUUGGAUCAGUAAAAAUCUCUACAUGACGGACUAUGAUAUGAACUGUAUCAUUGUUUCUCGUUACGAGGGCACCCAGCGCAAAAUUCUUCUGGACACAGAUAUAACAUCUCCAAGAAGCAUUGCUAUUGACCCUAGGCAAAGUGUCAAGAUUAUGUUCUGGACUGAAUUUGGAGUACCAGCACAAAUUGAACGUGCGAACCUGGAUGGAAGCAAUCGACAACUUAUUGUAACUGACAGACUGAUAUCACCUAACGGCCUUACCAUCGAAUACACAAACAAAAGGCUGUUUUUUGCUGAUCGUAGUAGUGGUAAAAUUGAAAGUGUUGAAUAUGAUGGAAGUAAUCGCAAACUGAUCUUUGCAAAGCCAUCAGCACAUUUUUUUGACAUGGAUAUCUACCAGGAUUACUUACUUUGGACUGAGUGGAAUGAGAACACCGGUGUCCAUGCAAUUGAAUUUGAAAGUGGACGUGAACAAAAGAAUUUAUUGCAUGAUGGGAUAGCUUAUGGAAUAAAGACAUUCUCAUUGUCACGUCAACCUAGUGAAAUUAUAGAUUCUUCUAAUACUGAGAGUUGUUCGAAUGAAAAUGGUGGUUGUGAACAUCUAUGUCUACUAUCCCUUGGUGACCAAGGGUACCAAUGUCACUGCAGCACUGGAUAUCAUCUCCAUAUUGAUGGCAAGACGUGUGUCACAGAUGUUAUAGAUGAUGAUUUUAUUCUUUUGGCCGACUUCUACCUACAUGGGAUUUUUCAAGUAAGUCUUAGUGGCUCUGCUGAUGGAUUUUCAGCUGUUCCAUUGGGAAAAAUGUCAAAACCCGUCGGACUUGAUUACGACCCAGUUGAUAAGAUGGUGUACUGGACAGAUGUUGAAUUUGGGACCAUCAACCGAGGGAAGCUUGAUGGUUCUUUUCAAGAAGUUGUUGCAAGAAGUGGAGUGGAAAGUGCGGACGGAAUUGCGGUCGACAGUAUUGCUAGACUUAUAUUUUGGACCGAUGCAACGAAGAAGACCAUUGAAGUUUCCAAGCUCAAUGGUGUGGAUCGUAAGAGUAUAAUCGAUAAAGAUCUUGACAAACCAAGAGCAAUUGCUGUCGAUUCUGUUAAUGGGGUAAUAUAUUGGACUGACUGGGGAAGUGAGCCAAAAAUAGAAAAAGCCAAUAUGGACGGAAGUAAUCGGAUGGUACUAGUGAAAACUGGUUUGAAAUGGCCUAAUGGACUUGAAAUAGAUUUCCACUCAAAAAGAGUGUAUUGGUGUGAUGGAAAACUAUCAAUCAUAGAGAGUGUGAACUUCAACGGUGAAGAUCGCCAGAGUUUGAUUGAUAUGGGCGACUCCCAUGGAAACCACCUUUUCGGAUUGACUUCAGAUGAGAAUAAUGUGUACUGGACUAACUGGGCGUCAGGCACCUUGAUGAAAAUUGGAAAGACAGACAUAAACACCAACGGGACAGCUUUCGGAUUCAAAGGUUUUACUAAAAUCAAUGAUAUUGCUCUCUACAGCAACAGUAUCACAAGACCUGCCUCUUAUACACAUCUAGAUGCUGACACUGUCCAGUGUCCGGAAUAUUUUGUGGGUGGUAGUAUCAUCGACUGCGAGCGUUUCCCUCAAGACACUUGCUCGGUUUCCUGUGACGUUGGCUAUGAGCUUCAGGUUCCAGAGGUGAAAUGUCAGUCUAAUGGAGAAUGGGAUAAUAGCACAGAUCUACUUUGCAAAAUUAUCACAUGCAAGGAACAUCUCUUAAACCCAAAUGUCUUUGUGGACGAAUGCAUCCAACCGUAUAAUUUCAACACCACUUGUGCUUUUCACUGUUCGACUGGAAAUUUACCUAACGGUGGCAAUGAGAGCAGAACAUGCAUGGAAGAUGGCACUUGGUCAGGAGAACCACUUUCCUGUCAAAGUGUGACCUGUCCCCCACUGGUCCCUCCUGCAAAUGGCCUCUUCAACCCUUCAACAUGCUCAUCUGAUAGAGUGUUGUAUAGUCGCAUUUGUGGGCUGGGCUGCACAACUGGUUACCAGUUGUCGGGGGCUAGAACACACAUUUGCAAGGGAGACGGCACAUGGACUAGUGGUCCUAUUGAAUCUAAAUGUAUAGAUGUUGAAGCCCCAAGUUUUGGAAAUACCUGCCCUGAUAACAUCACGAUGACCACACCUCAUGGAGAGGCCACAAUGAAAGUCACCUGGCAGAAACCCACGAUAACUGACAACACUGAUGAUGAAGUAAAUGUAACAUCAGAUGCAGAGCCCCCGAUAACAAUGGGAGAAGGAGAACGUCUGGUAACAUACACUGCAAUAGAUGCCUCAGAAAACAAAGCAACCUGUACUUUUGGAAUUAUUGUCGAAGUUCGACGAUGUUAUAUUCUGCUGGCACCUAUACAUGGACACAUUGGGGAUGUUAACUGUGGAAACCAUCUGGGAACAUCUUGUGAACUUGUGUGCAACGAAGGCUAUUACAUGAUUGGUGGAGACAGUAAUCGAACAUGCGCGCUUAAAGAUGGAGAACCGGUAUGGACUGGUCUACAGCCAAACUGCACAAAUGUAAUUUGUCCUGAGGUUGAAGCACCAGAUCAUGUGUUAAAGGCAGCAUGUUCGCCUCCGUACAUACUCAACACUGAAUGUCAGUACAUCUGCCAGAAAGGCUACUAUAAAGUUGGUGGUUCAGACCGUCAAACCUGUAGUAUGGAUGGGGAUUGGACUGGUUCCAUCAUUCAGUGUGAAAUAAAAACCUGUGAGCCAUUGUUAUCCUUUGCCCAUGGAAUAAUCAGCCCAGCAAACUGUACCACGAUAGGGGGACGUUAUGGAGAUGAAUGCAUUUUCACCUGUGAGGAGAAUUUUAAACUACAGGGAUUUAGAGAGCACAUUUGCAGAGAAGACGGACAAUGGAGUAAUCUUGAUGAUGAGCAUACCUGUCAAGACCCAACUGCUCCUAAAUUUAAUGGUACAUGUCCGGAUGACAUUCUAGUUGUAGCUGUUAGGAAUGAAACUGAUGGCAUAGCUACAUGGGUGAUGCCUGAUAGCUACGAUAAGGAUGGUCAAAAGUUAAAUGUAACGUCAUCAAAACCAAAUGGUGUACGCUUGCCUGAAGGGAAUCAUGUGAUAGUACUUACAGCUACAGAUUCCAAUGGCAAGAAUGCAUCUUGCAGAUUCUUGGUUACUGUUAAAGUUCACCGUUGCAUAGACCACUCACCAGUUGAGCAUGGCCUUACAGUCAGACCGUGUGGUAACCAUUAUGGUGCUUCUUGUGAGUUUGCAUGUGAGACUGGAUUCUUAUUGACAGGCUCUCGCAUUAGAUCUUGUGACCUUGUCGAUGGGAAAAACAAUCUGUUUAAUUGGACAGGAGACAUGCCUGGCUGUGGCGAAAACUUAUGUGUAAUGUUUUCUCCUCCGGAAAAUGGAUUAAUCCAAGGAUGCGAUUCAACACAACCACAACCAUACCAAACACAGUGCCAGGUUCAAUGCUAUGUUGGGUACAACCAGGUUUUAGGCGAAAAUCUCCACACGUGUCUGGAUAAUGGAACAUGGGAUGGAGUUCCAUUGGUCUGUGAAGGUGUCAGAUGUCCACCUGUGUCGAUUCAAGGUGUUCUUGUGUACCCACCUAGUUGCUCUGAGGGGGGCACAUAUGAAGAUGAGUGCUACUUUGGAUGCAGGGAAGGAUAUGCUUUACGAGGUGCAUUGUCACAGUUUUGUUCAGCAAGUGGAACAUGGACACAGAAUGACAAUGACACCCAUUGUGAAGAUAUUACUGCUCCUGUAUUUACUGAUUGCCCAGAGGAGUUGCCAUUCCAGGCGGAAGAGUGCCAACGGCUAGCACUUGUUGACUUCAGCGAUCCUAAAGCUAUUGACAAUUCUGGAAGUGUAAGGGUGUCGGCUUUAACUAUACUAUUCGAAGGACUUCCUACUUACCUUCCCGAAGGAAAGUUUAAAUUUAAUUACAUCGCCGAAGACAACUCAAGAAACUCUGCCAGAUGCUCGUUAAAAGUUGUCGUAACUGUUACGCAGUGUCCUGCUCCCCAAAUUACUAACGUGGACAUCGAUACCUCCUGCCAUAACCUUCUAGGUUCUGUGGCCACAUUCAGAUGUAGCAGAGCUUACUCAAACCUCAUUGGACCAUCUAAUAUGACCUGCUUAUCAACCGGGAUGUGGAGUGAAGACUCUGACCCAUAUUGCAAUGAAAUAAUGUGCAACCCACUUCGUACAAGGAUAGAUGGGAAAAUUAUGUACUUCAUUUAUCCUUAUUCAUGUACGUCACGGAGGCAACAUGUUGGACAACAGUGUCAUGUCCGUUGUCCAUUUGGAUACGAACCACGGGAUGGCACAACACGUGUGAGAUGUCUGCCAUCUGGACAAUGGAAUGUAAUUCCCGGCGGACUUUGUGUUGACAAAACACCACCACAAUUUCUUGUCUGCCCUUAUACCAUAACUAAAUAUCUUGCACCAGGGCAGUCCACGAUAGACGUUACAUGGGAUAAACCAAAAGCAUUUGAUACAUCAGGAGUGUACAACUUAACGUCACCAGAUGUGGUUUCACCUUUGACCCUCGGACCUGGUGUACUAAGGCUUAGCUACAUGUCGACUGAUAAAAGUGGAAAUAAAGCUUUUUGUAUAUUUAGCAUUAUUGUGAUAGAUUCACAGUCACCAAGAAUUGAAAGCUGUCCAGACAUUCAAGCUUUGAAAUCCGACACACUUCCUAUAGAGUUCAAAUGGCACCAUUCACCUGUGUUCACUGAUAAUGUGAAUGUAUCCAAUGUUUCGUACAGUAUACAGAGAGGGGAUCUUGUGUAUAAGUGGGGCGAGUACAGCGUCAUAGUAACAGCAAAAGAUGAAAACGACAAUACUGCCAUAUGUACAAUGCUUGUUGAAGCUGUUCCUACUGAUCCCUGCCAGCCGUUGACUUCUCCCAAAAAUGGUCAGGCCAACUGCAAGGCACAUCACUGUACAGUGACAUGCAAAGAUGGGUACACAUUCUUAGAUGGUCUGACAAGGCACAAGUAUAACUGUGACAUGGCACUCGGACGUUGGAACCACGGAAAUCCUACUGAUCCACGGCCGUAUGCAUCAAGCUGUUCGCAAGUACGUUGUCCACCAGGCACAUUUUAUGAUACAUUCUCACAGAAGUGCCUACCCUGCAGUGUCGGAACAUAUCAAAACCAAGAGGGUCAGUUCUCAUGUGUUACCUGCCCUACAGGGACAAGUACAGCUGGUUCUAAUGCUUUCAGCCCACACCAUUGUCAAGCAACUUGUAGACCUGGGAACUAUUCGUACAUUGGACUUCAACCUUGUAACAGAUGCUCUCUUGGCACGUACCAGACACGGUACAACAGCCGGUUCUGCACACGGUGUCCAAAUGAUGUUAAAACACAUAACGUGGGAUCUUCAUCAAUACGAGAAUGCAUUGGUUUUGAGACUUACUCAACACCAAGUCCAAGUGAAAUUCCAACACGUGCUGCGAAACCAACAGACCAAGGUGGUGGUCAAAUCACCAUUAACCCAGAUUCGCAUCCCACUGUAGUCAUUACGACGGAAACGAUCAAUGAUACCGGGCCUGCUACUUUUAAAAGCAAUCAGUCUUCGAUGUUGAUUGUUAUUGUCAUUGCUGCUGCAGUCGUUUUAAUAAUCAUAUUUCUUAUUUUAGCCUGUGUUAUUAAAAGAAGAAGAAAGGGCACAUUUAAACCGAAGCGUCUCAGUGAAAACACACAACCUGUUAGCAACAUGUUUCAGGAACUAGGGGAAAUGCAGACGCUAUGUUUUGAGAAUAAGACAUAUGAUGCUGACAAUGAUAAAAACAUGGAAGAUGAAUUUGGCUAUGGUAUGCUAGAAGAAGAGAACACAUCCACUGGAAAAUCACUCACAACAUUUAAAGUUGAUGAAAACGAUGAUCUUUUAGGUACUUUGUAAUUAACAUAUUGUACAUCUUAACUGUAUUCUAAACUGCAUUGACGGCAUUGUACUUUCGUCUGAUUCAAUAAUUUUAUAUUAACGUAGGGUGGUGUGGUUAGUUCUGAUGUGUAAACAUCAGAAAUUGGAACAAAUUUCUUGGAUAUUAAUUUGGUGAGUUAUAAGCACUAGGCUUAUAAUGUUUGUAGGUGUAAUUUUAUUUUAAAUAGGCUUAAAUUCAAUCGAAUUUAAUAUUGAGUCUUUUAAUGAGUUUAAUUUAAAAAUGGUUAUUAAGUCCCGGCCUGAGUUUAUAACCAUUAAUGUAAAAUAUAACUAUCUUGUUCUCACAUUUCACUAUCACUGUUAUUGUUCAAUUAUGUCGUUAACUUUAUAUAUUGAUUUUAAUUUAAUACCUUUUUAAUGAUGAACAAAUUAUGUAUGUUAAUUUGCAAGUAUGCUUUAGUUGUUUAUGUAGGAAUAUAAAUUUUACUUUUAACUGUUAAUAACAUAUGUUUAUAAGUGUCUAAAAUUUGUGAAUUUUAAUACAUAUAUU